AUCCAAAGAUCUCCCCACUCACGCACCUAUGGACACACGCUACUCUGGGAGGUGAUUUGCGACUUAGCCAGGCCCCCAAGGCUGGGCUCCUGUAGGAAGAAAGUCUGCCCAGGUCCACAUCCAAGCCUUCAUCGUUUGUCCUCCGGGUUCUGGGAUCCUGCUGGAAGAGGGGAGCUUCUGCAAUGGGAGUUGCCACAGCCCUGCCGCCCCCAGCCACUUCCAAAACCCUGCAGAAGCAGCAUCUAGAAGCAGUGGGCGCCUACCAAUAUGUGCUCACUUUCCUCUUCAUGGGCCCUUUCUUCUCCCUUCUUGUCUUUGUCCUCCUUUUCACGUCACUCUGGCCCUUCUCUGUUUUUUACUUGGUGUGGCUCUAUGUGGACUGGGACACACCCAACCAAGGUGGAAGGCGUUCGGAGUGGAUAAGGAACCAGGCAAUUUGGAGACAACUAAGGGAUUAUUAUCCUGUCAAGCUGGUGAAAACGGCAGAGCUGCCCCCGGAUCGGAACUACGUGCUGGGCGCCCACCCUCAUGGGAUCAUGUGUACAGGCUUCCUCUGUAAUUUCUCCACCGAGAGCAAUGGCUUCUCCCAGCUCUUCCCGGGGCUCCGACCCUGGUUAGCCGUACUGGCUGGCCUCUUCUACCUCCCGGUCUAUCGCGACUACAUCAUGUCCUUUGGACUCUGUCCCGUGAGCCGCCAGAGCCUGGACUUCAUCCUGUCCCAGCCCCAGCUCGGGCAGGCCGUGGUCAUCAUGGUGGGGGGUGCGCACGAGGCCCUGUAUUCAGUUCCCGGGGAGCACUGCCUCACGCUCCAGAAGCGCAAAGGCUUCGUGCGCCUGGCGCUGAGGCACGGGGCGUCCCUGGUGCCCAUGUACUCCUUUGGGGAGAAUGACAUCUUUAGACUGAAGGCUUUUGCCACAGGCUCCUGGCAGCAUUGGUGCCAGCUCACCUUCAAGAAGCUCACGGGCUUCUCUCCUUGCAUCUUCUGGGGUCGUGGUCUCUUCUCAGCCACCUCCUGGGGCCUGCUGCCCUUUGCUGUGCCCAUCACCACUGUGGUGGGCCGCCCCAUCCCCGUCCCCCAGCGCCUCCACCCCACUGAGGCAGAAGUCAAUCACUAUCAUGCCCUCUACAUGACGGCCCUGGAGCAGCUCUUCGAGGAGCACAAGGAAAGCUGUGGGGUCCCCGCUUCCACCUGCCUCACCUUCAUCUAGGCCUGGCCGAGGCCUUUCGCUGAGCCCCUGAGCCCAAGGCACUGAGACCUCCACCCACUGUGGACUCCAUGCCUCCCAUAAAAGGUAGUUCUGGGCCCAGCGCAGUGCCCCACGCCUGUAAUCCCAGCACUUUGGGAGGCCAAGGUGGGAGGAUCGUUUGAGCCCAGGAGUUGAAGACCAGCCUGGGCAACAUAGUGAGACUUCAUUUCUACAAAAA